AUGAAAGAAACAACGACCAAUCCCGAUCAACGUGAUCAAGUUGAGAACAAGAUCCCGAAGCCGUUCAAGUUCGUGGAAGACGCGAUCAAGAUGGAAGGGUGGCAAUAUGAAGAACUGGCCAAGAUGUACGAGUGGAAGAUGCUUAAGAAUCUACUAUCAAGCGACCCAGUACUCCAAGUGCUGAGGCCAAAACUGAUCGACGAGAUUCAAGAUCAAAUUACCUGCGCAUGUCGAUCGUUGUACGAGAAGCUGAUCCCUCUCACAGACAAAGCCAAGAUUGAAGAUCAAGCGCGCACCACGAUCGCGGACAUGACGAAGGAACACCACACCGGAUCGUCGCAGUAUGCCUCAGCGGAAUCCGAGAGCGACUCAGAAGCCUCGACCGGCAUUCAACGGAUGUCACUAGGCCCCAGUGGAUCCUCUUAUCUGCAUGAUCGCGCCAAAGGAAUCAAGGCUGAUCCGCGAUCGGCAGCUAUAAGUACCACCGGAGAUGACGCAGUGGCCUUACAAGUACAUCUGCUGUCUUACAUUGAUAACGCAAUGGAGCGAUACGAACAGAGACAGCGGAAUGGAGUCGGUCGGAUCGCAUCAAGGUCAAUCAGACUUUGGCGAUCUCCGAAGGCACCCCCAUACGAAUCGGAUCGGGAGGACUUGAGGCGUUCAUUAAUGGCGCCUGCGGAAGUUUCGACGAACUCAAGACCGUCUCCCCAACGUAUUCGUUUCUCGGUGACCGGAGAUCUGAAGAAAUUUAAUGGAAGAGAUCGAGACGAAGAUCGCGCCAGAAUCUGGAUCAGCAAGGUCAAGUCGGCGUUUCUAAGGGACCAAAUACCGGAUGAAGAAAAAUGCCUGGUAUUCGAUCUGCUGGAAGGUUUCAUGGUACGAUAUGAAGGAUAUGGUGUAUCGGAUGUCAUACAGUAUUACCACGCGCGCCAACGACCAGAUGAAACCCCGCUGGAGUAUUUACACCGGUUGAAUGGGGAAGCGAUCCGAGACAAGGUCGCGAUUCGAGAAGGUAGACACGCUACGCGGCAUGAACAUGUGGAACAAUUUAUUUCUACACUGGAUGAUCGCGAGUUAGCGAAACAGUUGACUCUACUGCAAUUGUCGGAUGCCGAUGACAUGGAAGAAACGUUGCGUGCGUAUCAGCGCAUGGAAAAACUAUACACGAAGACGUUGAUGGGACCAGGCAAAUUUCAUCAGCGAUCAAAAGUUCAUGCUGAUCAGGUUCCUCAAAUCAACCCGAGCGCUUGUGGAAAAGUGCACGAGAUUGGCAAAUGCCCUUUGAAAAAGUUCUACAAUCUGAUGCGCAAGCGGCAUGUUCCCACUAAGCACGCAGGAAUGUUUCCGUCCGAGGCGGAUGAGAUGUUAAACUAG